GCGUUUAGGCGCCAAUGACGUCACCGGCCGAGUGAGGCGGGGGAAUUCGCGGUCGGAGUUUCUCGCCGCGGUGCGUUCACGCGUCUCACCGACGAUGAUAGUGGCGCGCGAUGACGGUAGUGGUGGCGACCACGCGGUAGUCGCGGUGUAGCUCGACUACGGUGGGGGGCGAAGGAGAGAUCCCGCUGGAAUCGCGCUGGCCGAUUACGCUCUCGCAUGUCGCUCGGGCAAUGACUAAUCGCGCGCGAUCGAGUGCGUUAGCGAGGGAUACUCACCGUGCGUUCUCGGAGCUGUCACUCGCCCUGGCCGUCGCCGUCGUCGUCGGCACCGGUUCCGAUCGGCCGCGAUUCGCAUAGCAAACUCAAGUCAUCUCAAGGAAGUGGAUAACGAGGAGAGGAGAGAAGUCGGGUGCUCUCUCUCUCUCUUUCUCUCCUCGUGCGUGUGAAUUGUGCGAUCGUCGCCAGGAAGGAGGGAGAGGAUACGACGAGGCAAGCGUGGAGUUCUUAAAAUAGAAGAGUGACUCGGGCUUAAGUGCGCGGCGGGGGGACCGGUUGAGGAGGGGGGAGGGGGUGAAUGCGUCGCCCGCUUCUUCCCCGUCUUCUCGCGCGUUGUUUCUGUGAUACGUUUCAAUUCUACGCUUCCUCGCGGGUGAACGGGAGGACCGAGAGUGUUUGUACGUAUAUAAAUAUAUAUACAUCUCUCGCGGUGGUGUCUGUGCGUGUCUGUGCGUGAUAAUCUCUCUAUGGUGCACGUGUGGUGGUGAGACGCGAGCGAGGCGGUAUCGCGCAACUUGAUUCUCUCUCUCUUUUUUCAUCUCCUCCGCCCCGCGUCGUCAUCGUCGUCGGAAAAGGAGAGAAUUCGCCGGCGAGAGAAUCCUCGAGAGAGAGCGAGAGGAGGCGUCGUCGUCCCCGCUCUCUCUCUCCUUCUCUCUCUCUCUCUGUCCCACGCGAUGGAUCGUGACUCGCGUUCGUAUUCCUGCGGAGGCUGCGAGAGGACCGAGCUAUGCCGAUGGAGUAACAAGUGAGCGGCGAAGCGGCGUUGCCAUGACGACAGAGACCCACACUGUGGCGAUGACAGACCCACAGCUGACUAACAACAAUAACAACAACAACAACAAUAAUAACAAUAACAACGAUGGCGAGCCAAAGUACCUGCACAAGAAGUUCAAGAAGAUGGCGACGACCGAAAUCGCGCCGAAGGUCGUCGAGUCCAGAAAGGAGACCGCGGCGGACAACAUCGAGACGCCCAAAACGCGGAAAGACGUCGACAAGGACGGCAAGGAGUCACCGAAGGAAUCCGGCCACAAGCUCGAGGUUUCUCCGGAACCCGAGGGGACCGAACCCGCCGCCGAAUCACGGAAGAGCGGCCAUACGUGUCCUUACUGCAAGUUGACGUGCGCCAAGCCAAGUGUUCUUCAGAAGCACAUCAGGGCACACACGAAUGAGCGGCCCUAUCCGUGCAAACCGUGCGGAUUCGCUUUCAAGACCAAAUCGAAUCUGUACAAGCACUGCAGGUCACGCUCUCACGCGCACAAAAUGGAAAAAGGCGACAAGAUGUCUGAGGAUUCCGAUAUAAGCCUGUCGGACAGCGCCAGUAAUGGAACUGGUACACCACCCCCGCCUCCCGUUUCGACGCCCACGACGACAACGACAACAGUAUCUACGGCCGCGGUGAAGAUUGUGAAAACCGGCAAGAUAUACAAGCCGAAGUUUCAAGCUCGAACGGCUCUACAGUGCGUCAAUAGCGAUACGGAAACGUCUUCCUUAUCACCCAGUUCUUCCAGUAGUUCCUCCUCCUUCUCUUCCAUGACUACUUCCGCUUCCAAUUCCGUCAAACCGAACGCGGAACAGUUGCAGGAACACAUCGACAAGAUCAUUACGGACAAUCAGGCGAUUGUCGAUGCGGUGGAUCCACGAUUGCACAAGUUAAUGCAACGCCAGCAGAGUCUGGUGGAGACGAAACAAUCGUACGAGCAACAACCGUUGAACUUGUCUUCCACCGAAGAAACUUUGAAUAGCAGAAAGCGUUGCUACAGCGACAGCUGCGCUCAGGAAGCGAAAGAAAGCGCGCAUAACUCCGAGAGUUCGAUCAUUAAAGACCUCCUCUUGAAAACGCGUGAUUUUGCCAAUGGAUCAAUGCCGGAGAUUACCUUGGAAAAUUUCGUCUGCCCAACUUGCCAUAUUCCCUACACCAGCAUAGACAACCUAGAGGCUCAUCGUAAAUAUUACUGCAAAGGUAGUCUCCGAAGAGGAACGGAUUAUCAAGCGGAGUUGGAAAAACGGGACUCCGACUUUGAUUCCAAGUCUUCCGAUUAUUAUGGCAUUUUGCAGCCUUUACCAUCGCCAGGUCCUCUACUGGGUAAUACUAGACUAGUCGACGCGUAUGGACCACCUAUCAAGAAGCAGAGAACGGAGUCUGUGCCAACAAGCUUGAGAUCGCUGGAAGAACUCAGUAAGUAUCCACGUCCCAACUCGCUACAAAUGUUCGGCGGCGAAGUGAGGAUCCUCGAUAACACGGGCGAAGUAACAAAGACAAUGCGGAUCGAGCCGCGACAGACCAACUCGCCCGCAAACGACCACAUAAUCAAUGCCAAUUGCGUGACCUCGGAGACGGCGUCGGUAGUGGUGAGAUCGGGGCUUCAUUCCGGUGGUACCAUGUUACAUAAGUCGUCGAGUAUACCGGUUAGUACGCCCAAUUCCUCCCUGUCUGACACGUCCAAGAUGGCGUCGUCCAUCAUACCGAACAUAUCAACUCCCAACAUAGCACCUACCAUGUCUUGCUACAACUAUUUGGAGCCGCACCUCAACCCGCUGACGAGUAUCACUGCCUACAACCCGUUAACUUUGCCGCAAACGGGCAUCACGAGCAUUCUCCACGGUGACAAGGUGAUACGUUAUGUACCCGGCAUUCCUGGACCCCAUACCCUGACCGGUACGCCGGCCAUAGACAUAUCUCCGAGUAUAACGGCCGGCGAAGCCGGUUACAAGGUGAUACCGGGCUUACCGGGCCUGCACAUGGUACAUCAACCGCUAGACUUGGCCAAUCCCGUGAGGAUACAACCCGGUACGGUACAGUCCGGCAUGUCUGAUCCAUUACCUGGCCACGCUUCUUCCAUAUUGGACCAGCCUCUGGACCUGGCCAGUCCGGCGAAGGAAUCGACAAAGGUCAGUUUUAAAACUCCCAGCGUUGACGGUCUGAAGAGCGACUUGAUCAGUCCUAAAGUUCCUAGCGUCAAAGUCGAGACCUCAACGGACAAGCAUCGCAUGAGAAUAAUGACGAUGCCUAUUAAUAAAACGGAGCUGGAUCGUCAUAUCAAGAAUAAUGUGACCGUAAAGUACAAGAGUAUGGAGAAUCCGCGAGAGAGGAAGGAAUUCACGUAUGAUAAGAGUCCGAAGCUGGACAAGGCUUUCAGUUAUCCGAACGGUAUGGAUCCCGCGACUUCGGGUUCUUACAGUAAGCUAAAAUACACGACUAAGGUCAUUUCGGAAAACAAGAAGAAGCUUUCCAAUUGGGGCGUCGAUGAGGUAGACGCCGGCAGAGAUGUAGAGAUGCAUAUUGCUAAACCUCGUGUCGCUAAAUACGAUCUACCAUCUCAAGAGAAUGGUCGGUUAAAGAGUAGCGUCCCCUCGGAUGUACGUGGAUGGUCCAAGGUCGUGGAUAGCUACAUGUUCAACGGGGCCAAAUUAAAGGCGGACAACGCUUCGUCGGUGAUUCUUGUGAACUUAGAUUCUUCCAAAACAGAAGUGCCAACGAAAACUUCGUCAGAGUUAGUUGUUAAGGACAAGCAACCCGAGGCCAAAUCGCCAAAGAGCAACGGCGAGAUAGCUAAGGAAGCGACUAGCGCCAACAAGUUCUUGAGACCUACAUCCCUGCCGCUAAAACCCGGCACUUUCACGCCGAAGAAGCAUCACGGGAUUACGCCUACCGCGAACACGCUUCCUCUCAUCAGCCCGGAGACACCCCGACCGAAAAAGUCUUACGGGCAAUUGUACUUGAACGGACACGCCUACACAUAUCUAGGACUGAAGUGUUCCACCAGAGUGUUCUAUUGCACUCUGAAUCGACCGCAGCCGAUGUACGUUACUCAGCAGCACGGUUUGUCGAUGUACUCCAACUGGAAAAGUAAGGAGGCACCGCUGGACGUGGACAUGUCGCACUACGACUCCCGGCACAGGCCUCUCAAUUACACCACUGCGUGGAAGAAGCAAGAGGAUAUUCUGACGCACUCCUCGCACAGACCGACUACUCCUACCAGUCCAGACAGUGGAUUGGAGAAUGAUAUGCAGGAGAAAGCGAAGAGGGUGAAGAUAUUUGACGGUGGCUUUGAGAGUAAUGAGGAUUAUACUUAUGUACGCGGAAGAGGUCGAGGACGCUACGUUUGUGAAGAAUGUGGUAUUCGUUGUAAGAAACCGUCUAUGCUAAAGAAACAUAUCAGAACACAUACAGAUGUUAGACCAUACACCUGCAAGCACUGUACAUUUAGUUUCAAAACGAAAGGCAACCUCACGAAACAUAUGAAGUCCAAGGCCCAUUACAAGAAGUGCGUAGAGUUUGGCAUAGUACCAGUCCCUACGACCGUUUGUGACGAGAAUAUUGACAAGGAAGCCAUUGCGCGAUUGGCAGCCGGUGGUGGCAACACGGAAGAAUCCUCAGAAGAGGAGGACGAUAGCGAUGGCGAGGAAAGCGAGGAAUCUGGUAGCGAAGAGCAGGAAGCGGCGCAAAGUCUAUUGAGUCUUUCGCAGCAUAAUGCGGCAAACAGAUUGCCAGGUUUACUGCCAUCGGGCAGACCUAUGACAUAUCCAUACGCGCUAACUCUACCGACGACCUCCACGGUGAAUAUCGUAUCCACCGCGACCAGUACGUCGAUCGUGAGCAGCCAAAGUAUCGCCGCGCAAGAGACGGCCCUGAUACAAAACGAAUUGUCGCACCGUUACUAUUUUCCAUCGAGUCGCGAUGCUACGGAAGAAACGAGAAUCAGCGUUAUUCAGUCAUCGAAGAAACAUGAUUCCGACGUGGAGAUCGAGGAAAUUACCGAUGUUACAGAAUUACGUCAUCAACCCUCGCAACCCAUGGAUCUCACGACGAAGCAGACGGCUCAGCUGUUGCUGUCGCCAAUCUCGCAAAGAGCCAGACCAGUGGACAUACUGACUCCCGUUUCGGAACCGGUCCUGCUGCAGACGAUAGUCCAAACGAUGGAGCGGUUGCCUAUACAAGGUAGAGAAUGGAAACCGAACGCGGAAGGUCACAUGCUGCAGGCGUAUCUUACGGAGAGACACAUGAUGGAUAGUAAAAUGAAGCAGCAGUAUCGCGUGGGAAGCACCAAGUUGGACAACAAACAGGAGAGGGAUAUUUAUCCGCAGCACCAGGAUCUCGGCAGAUCUAGACACAUGGAUUCCAACGGUAUUCCAUCAGUGACGUAUGCUGAUCCUAACAAAAUGCAGCACUCUGUCAUGGAUUCUAGAAUUAAGCACAUGACGAAGCAUACUAGUGACGAUAUUAAAAUGGAAAUUAGGGAAAAGAUUUAUCUAAACAAUAUGGCAAUGGAAAGACGAAUGUACGAUUACGGAAUAAUUCCUAAUCACAAGGAUAAAAAACAAUCCGAUUACCUGGUUUCUGAUCGUGAAAAUUUUGAGCUUCUAAAUCCCACUGGUACAGGGGGAAAUUUCGAAUAUGGCUUACCUAUGAGUAAGACUGGUAGCUCAAUGGAGAGAUCGAUUUCUACCGCAUCUAUCCGCAGCACACCCAGUAUCGAUCGCCAUUCACCAAAAUCUUUAAAUAUGGACAACCGGCCGCCAUUGAUGCAACACACGAACAACGAGAUUGACAGAAGUCCCAUGUUCAAUGCGAUGAAAAUGAUGAGCGAAGUAGAGAGGUCUAGGGAAUGUCCUACCAUCAGUCAGGAAAUGAGACCUGCGAAUCACGAGAUGAGACACACGACCAGCGAUAGUCGAAUGCAAAGUCCACGGAAUCUCGAUCUAAGGCCGCCCAGUAGAGAAAUUAGAACCCCUGGUCAAGAGUAUAGAGCGCAGAAUCACGAACUGAGGCUACCGAGUCAGCAGGACUACAAAAUGCGCGGUCAAGAGAUGAGAUCGCCUAAUCGCGAAUACAAGCCAUCGUUCGUUCACGAUAUGCAAGUUAUUCAGGAGCUUAUGCCGUCGACAACCAUGGAGAUACGCCAAACGAAUUCAGAUAAUAGGCCACCGAGCAGCGAGAUGAGAACACUUUUGGAAUAUAGAGCACAGUCCCAAGAUAUCCGUGUUAAUUAUGAGAUGAUGCAGUCGCCCAUGCACGAGCCACCCAAGUCGCAAAACGUCGACGCGAGAAAUACAUCGCCGCAAGAAGCACGAAUCAUCUACUACGAUGCGAAACAGACUACGGAUACCGUUAAACAAAAUACACAGGAUAACAUGAAGCGAGCAGUAGCCAGGAAGAUAGUUGUCGGUGGCCCAGAUUUUCGAUCGCCGUCACCGAAUACCGGAAAUUCGAAACCGCAAGCGGAAUUUUUACAACCAUCGAGCGGGCCAGCGCCUAACUAUGUUAGUUUGACAGAAGAUGGUAGGAGUAUAUGUGGAAUUUGUAACAAGGUGUUCAACAGGCCUAGUCAGUUACGGUUGCAUAUCAAUAUUCAUUAUUUUGAACGGCCAUUCAGAUGCGAAAGUUGUGCAGUUUCCUUUCGGACUAAAGGCCAUUUAACGAAACAUGAGAGAUCCGUUUCUCAUCAUAAUAAGGUCAGUAUGACUUCCACAUUUGGUGCAGCGACUAGCAGCAAUCCCAGGCCCUUCAAAUGUACAGAUUGUAAGAUAGCAUUCAGGAUACACGGACAUUUGGCCAAGCAUCUUCGUAGCAAGAUGCAUAUUAUGAAGUUAGAAUGUUUGGGCAAAUUACCAUUUGGAACAUUUGCGGAAAUGGAAAGAUCUGGUGUCAAUUUGAAUGACAUCGACACGACAGACUGUGAUAAUAGUCUUAAUAGUCUGCAGAUAUUGGCUCAGAGAUUAUGCGGGAAGGAUCCUGCCAAAAUCGCGCCAUGGGAUUCGGAAACAAUGCCCGGCCCGGUUGUGAGCGGUGGCGAGACUUCGUCAGACGAGGGUGAACCUAUCGGGCAGCACGCACUUCACGCACAAUAUGUAAAAGCGACGACGGACGCGGAUGUUUCCCGAUCAUAUCACGUGCCAAUCAUUACCGAAGAACCGAAAGUCAUUAACGAUGUUCGUCUACGCAGUCCUCAGUUUAAUCAGCAACGACGCGAUUACGCUGUCAAAGAGCAACGAACAAUCCCGGCUGUCGUUUCGAUAGAAAACACGAGGGCGGAAGACAAUUUACAAUCAUACAAGUGCCAAGUUUGCUCCGUAUCUUUGCGUACCGUAAACGAGUUACAGGUACACCAUUUUGUUGAACAUAAUAUUGAACCAGAUUCUAGUACAAAUAUCCAUGGAGAUAGGAGUGCGGGUAAAAGUAGGGAAAAAGAGAAUACUCAGAAAAGAAUUGCAGAAGAAUCCGCGAAGGAAGAUCACGGUAGGCAAAGACUAGAAGAUACAUAGUGCCAAAACGAUAUAGCGUACUAAGGAAUUUGUUUGGAUGGUGUCCGCAAUGUUACACACUUUGAGAACUCGGUUUUGAGAUAAGGUAUCCUAUAGAAAAACGCAUCACAGAUAUUUUACAGGGAGAGAAAAAAAAUAUCUCGAUAAGUGUAACAAUACAAUGUUUUAUGUCUGGAGAGAAACGUUUCUCAAAAGUUAACGUAUUAACGCAUGUUGAACACUUGCAAAGAUUUAAACGAGUCGCGAGUUGUUUGUAAUUUUAAGAAAAAUUACAGAUUAAUGUAAAUUUGCAGUUUUACGUUGCCGGAUUAUUUUGCAAAUUUCUGAAGAUUUUACACAAUUUUUCAGAGAAGUAUAAAAGACGUGGAUAUCAUGAAAAUGAUAAUGCAAUAUAAAUUUGCAGUUUUACGUUGCCGGAAUAUUUUGCAAAUUUCUGAAGAUUUUACACAAUUUUUCAGAGAAGUAUAAAAGACGUGGAUAUCAUAAAAACAAUAUAAAUGAAAAAUUGUCUCGAUCAUAUUUCUUCCACUACAGAUGUUGGUUCACUAUAAUUGCUUCUAUUGCAAACCUAACGCGACACGAUCGCUUGUACAGUCCUCCUGUAAGACUUUACACUCUUCCUCACAAAACCGGUAUAAUAUAACGCGUUAAGUAAAAAGAAAAAAAAAACAUAGCUCGAUUAUCUGAUAAUAAGUAUAAUAUUUAUACACAAUAGUAUCUCUUGUAGCGAGCAUGACGUGCAAUGAACUAGCAUGUGAUUCUGUAUUUAAAGUGCAAAUGUUGCUUUCAACAUGUUGAAGAGUAUUCUAAUAUUACACUUUAAAUUGAUAUGAAGCUUAUAUACAUAUAUAUAUUAUAUAUUAUAUAUUUGUAUGAUAUUAGUAUGAACAAUUAUGAGAGUUAUUGUUGAUAUAAGAGGAAAUGUGUUUGUAUAUAUUUAUGUAUAAUAUAACAUGAGGAAUCAUGUUAGUCUCUAUUAUAGUUUUAAGAAAAAUCAGAAGUCAGAGAUUGUAUCGGUUGCUCAGAUUACUUAUAAAUUUACAAGCUUUUAUUAAACGCUGCAAAUUUAGUUUCCACGUUUCUUGGAAGAUUUUCUUACAAGUAAAUAGGCUGCGAUAAGUGUCUAUUUUAAUUUUAUCGGAAAUAUUGUUAGAUGUAUUUAAUUAUCUUUAUAUUUUACAUCCAAUAUUAGUGUAAAUCCUAAUUGAUCUUACUUGUUUUUUUAUAUGCUCUGAGGGACCGAUUUGCUGAUUCUGCUUAAGACAUUUAAGAAGCCAGAUACCUUCCAUGAGCGACAGCUAUCUUAUAAUUAACUGUCUCCAUCUCUCUGUAAUGCUAUAUGCAGUUUUGAUAUCUCACUCAAGCACGAAAAUGUCUUUCCUACACUGCAUAAUCAGACACCGUUUAUCACAAUUUGUACCUAGAUGUGCUUGAGCUAAGAUAAUAGGGGUACGGAAUGACUGCACAAUUGUAUACAAUGAGGUCCAGUCUGAGUGAUUGUCACUAAACGAUAUCAAUGUAGCAUAGUCUAACAUAGCAUUUUGGAUGUAUAUCUAUUAUCUAUAUAAUUCUGUCGACUCCAACUGCAAAAACUACAUACGAGCUUCCAAGAUGUGUACAUACAUGUGUUCUAUAUGUACCCAAAAAAUGCCAAGCCAACAAUUUGCGUUUGAGGAGAUCAGCCAAAAGGAUGAUACAUCAAAGUUGACUCUGAGUGUAAAAAUGACGACGCGAUUUUUUCAUGUGAAAUGCGAAAUAUUUUGCAGACACCCCAGGUAGAGCAUGAAACUCAUAAUGACAUCAUUAUGACGUCACCUAAAAGUCAUUUUAGAAAAAUCAUAAUCAUCUCAUUUGAUAUACUUUUGGCAACAUUUUGUGACUUAUUAAUAUCAUUUUUUAUUUAUAUU